AUGGAGGAGGUUCAGGGUCAUGGUGAUGGUGAACAAGUUGGUAGAGAAAUGAAGGAGGGUGAGGGUGAGGUUCAGCCUGAAGUUGGAACACAAAUGGAGGAGGUUCAGGGUCAUGGUGAUGGUGAACAAGUUGGUAGAGAAAUGGAGGAGGGUGAGGGUGAGGUUCAGGUUGAAGUUGGAACACAAAUGGAGGAGGUUCAGGGUCAUGGUGAUGGUGAACAAGUUGAUAGAAAAAUGGAGGAGGGUGAAGGUGAGGUUCAGCCUGAAGUUGAUGUAGAGGUUCACAGUGAAGUUGCUAAACAGGUUGAAAAUGGAGACGAUGGUGAAGUACAUGAUGUAGAGGAGGAAGAAGUACAUGAUGCAGAGGAGGUUGAAGUACAUGAUUUUGAGCUACAGAAUGGUGGACAUGGUGUUGGAGAUGAUGCUGACGAUGAGGAUGAGGAUGUAGAUGAUGGUGAAUAUGAAAAUGUAGAAGACUCUAUUAGUGAAGAAAGUCUAGUUGAUGUCAGGGUUGAAUGUGACAUUGAGACUUCUAAAGGACAACCUUGCAGUCUAGAAGGUGAAUGUUCAAGGAGAACUGAAAAUGAUUCCAUGCAUGAUGUUCAUGGCUUGUUUGACAUUGAGUGGGUGUCAGAUGAGUUGGAUAGUGGUCCAGAUAGUGAGAACGAUGAUGCUUCCAUUCCUAAAACUUUGUUCCCACAUUUACUAUGCCUAAAAGUUUGGGGGAAUAUAAAUGGGAAGUAG